CAUUACGGUACCUCGCUUUAUGGUGACCGAAACUGCUGCUGUUUAGGAAAAAUCUCCCUGUUCCCGGUUGUGUUUUUUGGACGCGCCAUGCAUAUUCGCUGGUGGAGUUGUGGCAUUCGGCUGGUGGCAUGGACGUGGGUUUGGAGUCUGGCAAUGCUCGGAGCGUGGUGCAUCCCCGCAAAUGAAGUGAACCUGCUGGAUUCUCGCUCCGUGAUUGGAGACCUAGGAUGGGUGGCAUAUCCCAAGAAUGGGUGGGAGGAGAUUGGAGAGGUAGACGAGGACUACGCUCCCAUCCACACCUACCAGGUGUGCCGGGUCAUGGAGCAGAACCAGAACAACUGGCUCCACACCAACUGGAUCCUGACCGAGGGCGCCCAGCGGGUCUUCAUCGAGCUCAAGUUCACUCUGAGAGACUGCAACAGCUUGCCCGGCGGGGUUGGGACCUGCAAGGAGACGUUUAACAUGUAUUACUAUGAAACGGACGGAGCGGAGGAGGAAAUGAACGGAGAGAUGAGCGAUGGAACGGGGAUGACGGAGGAGGAAGACAGAGCGUUGAAGGAGAGCAAAUACAUCAAAAUUGACACCAUAGCAGCUGAUGAGAGCUUCACUGAGCUGGACCUUGGGGACCGCGUCAUGAAGCUCAAUACCGAAGUCCGUGAUUUGGGUCCCUUGACCCAGAAGGGCGUCUACCUGGCAUUUCAGGAUUUGGGGGCCUGUAUUGCUUUAGUGUCGGUGCGUGUUUUCUACAAACGCUGCCCGUUUCUGGUGAAGAGUUUGGCCGAGUUUCCUGACACCAUCCCGGGCUCAGAGGCUUCGCAGCUGGUGGAGGUCGUGGGCCGCUGCGUAAAUAACUCACUGCCUUUAUAUGAGCCUCCCAGGAUGCAUUGCAGCACGGAAGGAGAAUGGCUGGUGCCGAUCGGGAAGUGUGUGUGCCAGCCAGGAUUUGAGGAAAUCAACGGAUCCUGUCAAGUCUGCAAAGUGGGGUUUUACCGCUCGCUGUUGGAGUCUCUGGCCUGCAGUAAGUGUCCACCCCACAGUGUGGCCAGGCAGACAGGAGCCACGGCUUGCAGCUGUGAGGAUGGAUACUAUAAGAUUGACUCCGACCCUCCAAACAUGGCCUGUACACGCCCUCCCUCCGCUCCACGCAACGCCAUCUCCAAUGUCAAUGAGACCAGCGUCUUCCUGGAGUGGUCUGUUCCCAUGGAAACAGGUGGCAGGAAAGAUGUGCGCUACAACAUCCUCUGCAGACAGGUCUUGCCAGAUGGAAGGGGCUUGGAGGAAUGUGGCCCCAGUGUACGUUUUUUGCCGCGACGUGUUGGCCUGUCAAACACUUCGGUCAUGGUGGCCGACCUGCAGUCACACACCAACUACAGCUUCCUGCUGGAGGCUGUCAACGGGGUGUCAGAGCUGGCCAGAGACCACGCCAAGCAGUAUGUGUCGCUCAAUGUGACGACCAAUCAGGCAGCACCAUCCCCAGUGAGUGUGGUAAGGAAAGGUCACACGGGGAAGAGCAGCAUCUCUCUUUCUUGGGCUGAGCCUGAUCGCCCCAACGGUAUCAUCCUGGAGUACGAGAUUAAGUAUUUUGAGAAGGAGCAGGACUCCAGUUACACCAUUAUAAAAUCCAAGGAGACGGAGAUGGUGGUGGAAGGCCUAAAGCCAUCAUCAGUCUACAUCUUCCAGGUGCGAGCCAGAACCUCAGCAGGCUAUGGCGCAUUUAGCCGCCGUUUUGAAUUCCAGACCAGCCCUUACUUAACUGCGACCAGCGAGCGUGCUCAGGCUUCCAUAGUAGCCGUGGCCAUCACAUUGGCUCUAGUCCUACUGGCGGUGGUCGCUGGAUUCCUGCUCAGUGGACGGCGGUGUGGCUACAGCAAAGCAAAGCAGGAUCCUGAAGAGGAGAAGAUGCAUUUCCACAACGGUCACAUAAAGUUCCCAGGGGUGCGCACCUACAUCGACCCCCUCACUUAUGAAGAUCCCAACCAGGCAGUGCAUGAAUUUGCCCAAGAAAUUGACGUCUCAUUCAUUUCCAUAGAGAGGAUCAUUGGAGCUGGGGAGUUUGGCGAGGUGUGCAGCGGACCGCUGAGGCUGCCCGGAAAGAGAGAGAUCCAGGUCGCCAUUAAGACCUUGAAAGCAGGCUACACAGAGCAGCAGAGACGUGACUUCCUGUGGGAGGCGUCGAUCAUGGGCCAGUUUAACCAUCCAAACAUUAUCCGUCUGGAGGGCGUUGUCACCAAGAGCAAGCCAGUGAUGAUCAUCACUGAGUACAUGGAGAAUGGAUCACUGGACACUUUUCUGAAGAAAAAUGAUGGGCAGUUUACUGUAAUCCAGCUGGUUGGUAUGCUGCGUGGCAUCGCAUCUGGCAUGAGAUACCUGUCCGACAUGGGCUAUGUCCACCGUGAUCUUGCAGCUCGUAAUAUCCUGGUCAACAGUAACCUCGUUUGUAAAGUGUCUGAUUUCGGCCUCUCCCGAGUCCUGGAAGAUGACCCGGAGGCUGCGUACACCACACGGGGCGGCAAGAUUCCUAUUCGCUGGACAGCUCCAGAGGCGAUCGCUUACAGGAAGUUCACCUCAGCAAGCGAUGUGUGGAGUUACGGGAUUGUCAUGUGGGAAGUGAUGUCAUAUGGAGAGAGGCCAUACUGGGAGAUGUCCAAUCAAGAUGUAAUAAAGGCGGUGGAGGAGAGCUAUAGGUUGCCGGGUCCUAUGGACUGCCCUGAGGCUCUGUACCACCUAAUGAUGGACUGUUGGCAGCGAGAACGCAGCAACCGCCCCAAGUUUGAUGAGAUCGUCUGUCUACUAGACAAACUCAUUCGCAAUCCCAGCUCAUUAAAAAAACUGGUCAAUUCCUCACACAGAGUUUCCAACCUGUUAGUGGAGCAUGCCAGUGUAGAGGGGAAUUGCAGCACUCGGAGCCAAACCGUAGGGGAAUGGCUUGACUCCAUCAAGAUGGGUCGUUACACUGAGCUGUUCAUGGAAGGAGGUUACUCUUCGUUGGAGACAGUGGCUCAGAUGACAUCAGAGGAUUUGCGAAGAGUUGGCGUGAACCUGGCGGGACAUCAAAAAAAAAUCAUCACUAGUAUUCAGGAGAUGAGAGUCCAUAUGAACAACAUCAACUCUACUGUAAACAUCUGAUGCAUAUGUACAGGCAGGCACGCACACACACACACACAAAUA